CUCUCUCUCUCUCUCUCUCUCUCUCUCUCUCCGUCCGCUCGCGAGAGACGCGAGAUUCUUAGUCGCCUGAGUGGCGACUAGAAUACCUGUUGCUCUGCGUGUGCUCACGCGAGAAGACCGGCGACGUAUUGGUGCGCAGUUCGCGGGCGAAACAGCGACAACGAAGGUGACGUGUACACCGAGGAAUCAUGGGGACGAUACGGCGGCUUUCCGCAAUGCUUUUGUUAAUGAUGCAUUCUGCUCUGCUGAGUGCUCAUCGUGAACACAAGGUUCAUAAUAUCGUGCUGUAUCCUGAUAAGCACAGUUGGUGCAAGACGACGCCUAUAAAACAGGUAGUGACAUGGCCUCAGUGUUCUUCGCAGGAAUUGGAUAAUAACGUUUGUGUCGGCGCAUGUUUUUCAUAUAUGGUCCCUCACAGUGAACCCUCCGCACCUGGAGAUCUCAUAAGACCCUAUUGCGAUUCCUGUCAACCUCUGGACAGUGUUUGGCAUACUGUUACGCUAGAUUGCAAAGACGAACAAAAUAAUCCAGUGACUAUGCAAAAGAAAGUGCAGAUCAUAACAAAUUGUUCCUGCAGUUCCUGCAUGGAGACGUCAAAAAUCAAGCCGGAUUAUAACACCCUCCUACAGUCCCUAACAGAGGAGAAUUUGGAUAAGAAUGUUAAUGUGGCACACGAGACGCCCGAUUUACUGCUGGAUCCGAAUUUAAAUGCCUCGAAGAAUACAACAAGAGAAUUUAACGGAACGCAAAUCAAUGAACGGUUCCAUCAACUCGUCAAAAAAUUGAAGGAAUCGCAAAAGCUGGAUGAAUCUCAUAUGAAGGAAUUGUUCUCUAAAUAUGAAGAGGAGGUCGACUUGGAGAACUUGAAGGAAACGAUUAAGAAGUAUACUCAAGAAAACAAAGAAGGCCAGCACGAGCAUCAUCAUCAGCACCAUGAACAUCAACAUCAGCAUCAACAGCAACAACAGCAACACCUUCAUCACGGACCGCAUCACUCUUUAGUAUUAGACUCAGACGUGAAGGAAAAGAUCGAUGUGGAACCGCAUUACCUUCACCCCGCGGUCGCUGGACAAGAGAUCAGUUACCAUGACAACAUCUUGGUGGGUAAAGAGAAGAAGAAAAAUUUUUAGACCUAACAAAACGGAAUUUGUCACGCACAAGAGUCGCUUUCGUUCGCUACGCUCGCAAAACGUAGUCGGUUAAGAUUCAUAAAAAUGCGUAGAUACAUUUAUAAGCGAACGAUUGGGAUACCUAGUCUGCUGUCUGAUUUUUAUUCUACGUAUUUAUUUACGUAACGAUAAUUGGAUCGUGAGAUAUUAAUUGUUGAUAUAUUUAUUAAUAAUUAUUUGUCUACAUAUUAUACGCGGAACCGUGCCGUCACUAAUCUUUUAAUCUACACAUAUAUAUAUAUAUAUGUA